AUGGUACUAACAAGAUCUCGCACGAAUAGUCCCGGCCAGCGUUCUGACCCGGCGCCUGCUGGCGCUGACGCUGCUCAGAGUGGCCAUGUGACGCCACCUGCGACUCAACAGCCUGUGUCACCCUCGGUGCAUGAGGCACCCACACAGCUGUUCUCGCCAUCGUCUACUUCUACAAUCACCAUGACGGACUUUCAUCUACAACAGUUAAUAGCUGCGCUGCGUGUACCGACCCCGCCCUCUGCUGCAAACGCUAUGGGAGUUCACAACAGUAAUGCUAACUUCGCAAAAUGUACUUCUCGUUUCGACGGAGCUCAGAACUCCGACGUUGUUGCGUUCAUUGACGCAAUUGAAAUCUAUAAAGAAUGUGUCUCCAUCGAGGACAGUAUUGCGUUGCGUGGCCUUCCCAUGCUACUCACCGGGUUGGCUGGCACAUGGUGGCAGGGCGUCAAGCAUUCUGUCGCGACCUGGACAGAAGCAGUUAAUAUCUUACGUCAGACAUUUGGUCCCCGUCUUCCGCCUCAUAGAAUUUAUAGAGAAUUGUUCCGAGUGGAACAAAUGAGUGAGAAGACAGACGUAUUCGUCUGCAAAGCAAGAGCCCUGAUAGCUCAGCUGCCAGCUAAUACGCUUCCAGAGAACCCUGUCCAAUUGGACAUGGUCUAUGGCCUACUGCAUCGGCGAAUAAGAGAGAAGGUCUCCAGGCAAUCUUUCUCCUCUUUUUCGGAAUUACUAGAAAAAGCGCGCGCAGUAGAGGAUCUCCUAGAGGAGGGCCAUAAGACCACCACUCAAGGGCGACCCGUGGUAAAACCUGCUCCAACUGUACCCAAGUCAGUUGAGACUGCUCGCUCACCUCCGAUGUCGUCUUCAACACCUACAAGUUCGAGUUCCUCAGACAACACAACUACGAAGCAUAGACCUCGUUGUGGGUACUGUAAAAAGUUUGGCCACGACAAAGAGUCGUGUAAGAAAAUUCAGAUGAAGAACUCAACCCCACCAGGGCCUAGAGUAGAGACUGGACCUAAGCAGGCAGCGCCUGUUGUAUGUUUUGGCUGUGGGGCUCCGGGCGUCAUCAGGUCGAACUGUGGGACCUGCAAGAGAGGAGACGAUUCGUCGACGACAACACCGUUCCAGUCGAUUGCUGCGAUGGGCACGGCGCCGACAGAUGCGCGUGCGCGGCCCGUUGUUGCAGUGAACAUUUGUGGAAGUAGUGGUCGUGUAUUAGUCGAUACUGGUGCAAAACUGUCAAUAGCCAGUGAAAGCUUAACAAACGUUUUGUCUAAAAAUAAUGUAAAGUUAGUUAAGGCCUUCUUAGAAAUUAAGUUAGCGGACGGCUCUGUUUCUGCGAGACACGUAGACACAGUUUCUGUAGACGUAGAGCUGCAAGGAGUCGUCAUUCGUACACUUUUCGUAGUCUUACCUGGUGCCACUCAUUCUCUUCUUGGGAUGAAUUUUAUUAGAGAUGCUGGCAUGGUGCUGGAUUUUAACCGUAAUAGGUUUUCCAUAGAUGCAAUUAAUCGUAAUAAGUACUUCCCGCUUGACUUUGAGAAUGAGAUUUCGCCUAUAAUGUGUUCCUCGGUAUCCCUCCGUGAGAAUGAGGGCAGUAUGUUGUCUCCGCAAGAAAGAGAAGAUCUUACGUCGCUGCUGAGAGUGAACACAGAUAUCUUCGCACCAGGGGGAGCACCGACAGCAAUGGCAUUACACCAUAUCGACACGGGGGACAGUGCGCCAAUUGCAGUCCCUCCAUACAGGCUCAACCCACAGAAAAAGGAAAUUGUUCGUACAGAGCUUGAUAAAAUGCUAGAAGAAGAAAUAAUUGAAGAGGCAGAAUCCGAGUGGGCUUCGCCGGUCGUGUUGGUUCCAAAGAAAAAUGGAGAAACACGCUUCUGCGUAGACUAUCGUCGCUUGAACGCAGUGACUCGGACUGAUAAAUAUCCUCUGCCUGCAAUCGACGAUAUCUUGUCGUCAACUAAAGCUAACUGCGUGAUGUCCACGAUUGAUUUAAAAGCAGGAUACUGGCAAGUCGAAGUAGCUCCAGAAGAUCGCCACAAGACCGCUUUUACGACGCCAUUCGGAAUGUUCCAAUUCCGCCGAAUGCCUUUUGGGCUCAAAAAUUCUCCGGCGACAUUCCAGCGCCUAAUAAUAAAUAAUAAAUAA